AUGCUGAGGACAAGCACUGCGAUGAAGACCAGCAAGUUCGAAGUUGGAGGCUGCUUCAUCCUGCUCAGGUCCAAGUUGACACAAUUGAGGCACGUGCUCAUUGUCCAAGAUGCAGCAGAUCCAGGCGUGGGCCACAAGCAGCAUCCAGCCAGCUUUCGAAGCAGUCGGAGCAUCGGCGGUGAGCCAUACGUUCUGCUGGGCUGUGCCACCGGGCGAAGGACAAGUCUUUGGUGGAGAGACGAACGUGAGGUGACUGGAGCCGGCCUGGGCACUUGGACAUGGGACUGCCGAGAUCCUCGCAGGAGGCCCGAAGGCGAGCGCAGCUUUCCAAAGCCAGCCCCAUGA